AUUAAGACUUAAAUUUAAAGAAAAUGUUUGUUCUAGCGAUGUCUUUAGUUUGGUUUGGGGUUAUAUAAAACAGAAUUGCUGAUCAUCAUUAUAAUUCGGAAUAUAAUCUAACAUAAAAUUAAUCUAUAGUUUGAUUUUUUGAUUUCUUACAAAAGAAAAAAAAAGAAAUCCACAAAAUAAACAUAACAAGAGUGAGAAUUCUUAAAAUAAAAGUUGUAUUUCUCCAACUUUAAGUCAUCUAGAAGAUCUUUUUAAUUACCAUUGAUUAUCCUACACUCUAUUAUAUUAUCCAACUAUAAAAUCAAGGUCAAAAUCCGGUUUUCCUAACCAUUAAUGACUUAAACCCCAUGUCAAAAUCUGCAUUCGUUUUCCGUCAUCAUUUCUGGCCCCUACAUGUCUAAUUAGUUGUACAAUCUCGACUUUAAUUCUCAAUUUAUAGUGCUUUGACGAUCGCUUUAAUUGUAAAUUUCUGUUUGCAGCGCAAUUAAGGCGACGAAAAAGUAUCAGCACCGUGGCAAAAGCAACAAAAACAGCACAGCCGUUGACGCCAACACAAACAGAGAGAUACGAAUACGUGUUCCUACACAAAAACAAAAACGCUAAAACAAAAAAAGAAAAAUUAAAUAAAAUUAAAAAUAAGAUAAACAUUAUAUACACUUGGCGGUGACAAAAAACCAAAAGUAAAUAGCUGCUCGUAAACGUUUAAUUCAACUGGAGCGCCGGGGGAGAAUUGAGAGCCCAGCCAAAAGUCCCCCCACGAUAAUGUCUAAGUAAAAAACCUCCAGACAGAGAGUGAGAAAGAGAGAGUGAGCGAAAGAGAGGAAGAAAAAAUCAGGAAAAGAGAAAGCUAUAGAUAAGGUUUAUCGGGGGGACUACCACCCACAUACCAAAAUGGCCGACGACGAAGAUCUCAGUCCGCUGCCCUUCCGCCGGGAGCGCAAUCUCAGUAACCGCAACUUCAACAAACGCACCUCGCGUCGCCGGAUCAGCCAACAGGCAGCGGAGCAGGAGCGGCAUAGCAGCGCUCUCGUCAGUAGCAAUCCAGAGUCCGUCGACGUCGCACGACGGGACAGUCCUCUGAGCUCCAGUAGCUCCAGUUCGUUCCAGCUCUCGUAUUCCGUUAAUUCCGAUACGGAGAGUGCCUUCCAUCGCCGCUCGUUGCUCAAGAUGCACGAGGCGGAAAGUGGCGGAGUAGGUGGAGGUGUUCAUGGUAACCCAGAGUCACCAGGGACGCCACAAACUCCCGAUCCCGCUCUGCUAGAUGUCCGGCAGAAGGUACACCGUUUUGAAACGCUCAAAGCAAGCAUUGGGUUUAUGAAGCAGGAGAGGCACAGCCUAAAAUUGUUAGAGAACCGCCGACAUCCGUCAUUUGAGGAGUAUUCCGGUGAUAAUGGCACGCCGCCAGCCACGCCCCCGAGACGUAUACGUCUCCCGGGACUGGGCAGUAGUCGCAGCAGUUCCAUACCCAGUAUGCAAGGUGGAGAGAGCAUCCAUGAAGUGCGAUCCGAAGACGAAGUUGAUCAGAUAUCCGACUUUGAAACGGAACCACAUGCACCCACCGAGGAAUACGUUAUUGCGGAUACCAUCUCGGAGGUCAUACCCAGUCAGGAGGCUGUCGAGGAUUCAAAGGGCCAGCAGCAGGUACAGCGAUCCAUUAGUGCAGAUCAAUCCAAAGAAAAGCCAGCAGCUCCGCUAAAAAUGCGCAACGAUUUCCCCAGAAACUAUCGUUCCACGCCGAGGCGAAAGACUGAAAUCAUUGGGACCACCAAUGAGCAUUUGGUUGGCAAGUUUCACUCGGUCUAUCAGCCUAAAGAUGAAGAGGAGGAGGUCGAGAUUGAGCUGCGGGACAAGAGCGACAAGUGCGUCCAUCCCAUUCUGGAGGAGCUGAUCAAGACGGAGGAGGCCUACGUGAACAACCUGUACACGGGCAUUGAGAACUAUGGCAACAUCUUCCAGCGCAAGGAUCUUCCCCUGGGUCUGCGUGGCAAGAAGUACGAUCUGUUUGGCAACAUCGAGCAGAUUGCCGAGUUCCAUCGCGAUGAAUUCCUGCCCAUGUUGCAGCGUAAUCGACGCGAUCUGAAACUGCUGUUCGAUGAAUUUCUGCACUUCCUGGAUCAAAACUGCUUUUAUGGCUAUGUCAUCUUCACGAUGAACAAGCAAAAGUCCCUCAAACUAUGCGAUCUCUACAAAAAUUACUUCACUAGUAUUCGCCUGGAACGCGAUGAUAAGUUGGGCAUAAACAGCUUUCUGGUGCAGCCUAUUCAGCGCAUGGCUCGUUAUCCUUUGCUCCUCACGCAGUUUAUCAAUACCUUCUUCAAGAACCGCGAUAUAGUGAUGAAGCCACUAAUAGAGUCCUGCUGCCGUCUGGAGAAGCGCCUACGUUCCCUGCUGACCACCACCAAUGAAUCGGAGAUCAUCAAUGACAUAGUAGACUGCCAUGAGUUCAAUGUCUACUACCAGGGCAAAUUCCGGAAGGUUAACGAGUUCCAGGUGCUCGAUCAUAAACUCAAGCGUAGCUACAGAGCCAAGGUCUUCAUCUUCGACAAGUGUAUCAUCUAUACGGAGAUCAAGGGCAAGAAUCUGAUCUUCCAUGGUCGUUAUCCUUGCGAGCAUAUAGGCAUCUCAGCUAAGGUGAAGUCAUUUACACUUUACUAUGAGCGAAGGAAACAGCAGGAAUGUGAAUUCACUGCAGAUCCAGUCCAGAUUGCCGCCUGGUUGGACUUAAUCCGAGACAUGAUCAAUAAUUUUGCCAAUGAGGAAAGGCAGAAGCUGCAGGAGCGCUAUUCCCGAGAGAAUGAUCAUCUGCAUCGCAAGGCUCCCAGUUUUUCACUGUACCGCGAUUCCAAUCGCUUCAGUUCAGAUAGCGGAAUCGGUAAUAUCUGGAUAAUGCCAAAACCAGACGAAGACACGAUCAGCAACAGAACUACUUGGUAUGCGGUAUCUUAGGGCAUUGCAAUAUGAGACAAGGAAAUAAUCCUUUUUCUGUUAUGGAAAAUCGGCAGUUUGGAAUAGAUAUAUAUGGUAUGAUAUAUAAUAUAUAUCUGAAGCUGUCUAAGGCGGCCAAGUUUCGGAGGGCCAUCAAGCCAAGCCAAGUCAAUAUUUGAAAUUUGUUUUUCAAAUUCCUGCUCAUUGUGAAUGUGGCAAAAGGAGAUCGAAGGGAAAACUUCUUUCGAUUUGAAUGCUAAAUAACCAAAUAUUGAAUUAUAAGUUUAGUCGGUUAAUUAAGUUGUAUAUAUCCUGUAUUAUUGUUGUCACAAAAUGCAAUUCGUUGAACGUUCUCUUGUGCCUAGCUGGUUAAGCAUUUUUGUUCUUUGUAAAUAUUAAAAAUAGAAAAGAAGUUUUAAAUAAAAAUUAAAGAUAUGGAGAA